AUGCUCCGCGAUUUCAAUGGUGGCAAAUCACCGCGGUCCGCGCCGGUGAGUGACGCUUUAAUUUUGCCGCCUAACGGUCGUAGUUCCGGCACCUCCUGGGGCUCGUGCAAUGGUUCUUGGGAGGUCGUGAGGGUCCACAUUAGGGGGUGGGAUUGA